CACACGUACCAGUGUUGGGUAGUGUGCGCGGUAGAGUUGCCACCGCUCAGCUGUUCAGCAUUAUUUAGUGCAUUUUCGGCCAAGUUAAGUUGGCUGCGAUUUACCCCACUUCCUUUUCCGUGUUAGCUGUGAAAGAAAAAACAUGCCGCUAGCAAAAGAUCUUCUGCACCCUCUGCCCGCCGAGGAGAAGCGCAAGCACAAGCUGAAGCGCCUGGUCCAGCACCCCAACUCGUACUUCAUGGACGUGAAGUGCCCCGGCUGCUACAGGAUCACCACCGUCUUCAGCCACGCCCAGGGCGUCGUGGUCUGCGCCGGAUGCGCAACCAUUCUGUGCCAGCCAACUGGAGGACGCGCCAAGCUGACAGAAGGCUGCUCCUUCCGCAGGAAGCCACAGUAAAAUGGGACUCGCGAUGAACCACAAAUUAUUAAUUUUUUAAUAAAAACUAUAAAACGUAAAGAAACCACAGAACCCAAAACGAGAGAAAGCUUGUAAUUCAAUUGCUGCGGUCCUUUGGUUCAAUGUGCUUUGUGAAUUAAAGAAUUAACGAUGUUGUGGUCGGCUAAGUGAAAAAAAAACACAGCUCUUGUCGUAUUUGUUUAUAGAAAGUGGAUAAUUGCCAACAGGAUAGAUAGUGGAGCUCGAUCGCUUGGGUUUCCCGAUAACAACAACCGCCCACAAUGCAACUCAUGUGGAAGCUCUUGUGUGUGCAAAUACUCUUUUGUGCGGCAGAACUUCAGGAAUUUUUCACUAGUGCUCACUAAUGCUAAGAUCUAACGAUUGAUUGACUUCACAACAAUAAAGAAUGUUUCAUAGGCUUUAAAA